UAACAAAGAUGGUUGCUUGUGCUAGUUUUUAUACUUUCAGUUUAUAUUUUUACAUUUUUAUGUGUAUAAGUGUAAUAUUCAGUUUUGUUGGGAAUACACGAUUAAUUUAAUAUUAUUUUUUUGUUUUUUUUUACAACAUUCGUGAUAAAAAUUAUGUGUCUAUUAGCUUAAAAAGGUUCUUUUCAUCUACUGCCUGCUUAGCAACCAAACACUCCAAGAGUUUUAGCAAAGAUUUGAAGUAUGACUGCUGUAAGCACGCCUGUUCGCCAGGCUACAAACAACGAAGAUGAACAAGGAUUCACACCAUUCAUGACAAUGGAAAACCUUUUGGAAAAGUUAAAACUGUUAAACUAUGACGACGAAUUUAUAAGAAGCCUCAAGAUGAGACCUUUGAAUCGGCAUUAUUUUGCUCUUCCAUUGAAUCCAGGGGAACAGUUUUUCAUGUUUGUCUCACUUUCUGCUUGGUUAAUAAGAAAAGUCGGGCUGAAUUUCGACCAGCCACAAGAAGAUGAUGAUCCAAAUUCGACAAUUGCAAGCAUAUUAGAAGCUCUUCGAUCACUUGAUAUCCCAGUAGAUUUUUCCCCUAGCAAGUUAAAAAGAGGCUCUGGUGUGUACAAUUUACAGUGCCUAUCAAAUUUGGCAGAUAAAGCUUUGGAAAAAGAGAACUUCAAAUAUGAAAAGCCGAUAGAGCCAAUAGGCGUUGAAUUGAUCCAAGAUGUCACAGACGUUGACAAUGAACUGGAAGUCACAUUGGAUAAAAUAGAAGAAGAAAUGGCCAUCGAAGAUGACAGUGAAUUAGACGAAGAUAAUGAAAUGGAUGUAGAUGAUCUAUAUUUGGCUUCGUCUUACAUGGAAAAUAGUAAAGUAAAUGAAAUAAUAGAAGGAAACGUUUCAAGUGAGGCUUGGAAUCUAGAAUUGGAAAGAGUUCUGCCUUUAUUAAAAGUCUCUAUAAAAUCCAAUAGUGGCGACUGGAGGUCGCAUUUAGAAACAAUGAAACAUCAUCAAAAUGGGCUUAAGGAAAUAUCAUCUUUUGUCACGACACAGCUCAAUAAAUUGUCAGUCGACGUCGACGAUGUGAUGCAGAAAAUAACAAAAAGGGAAAAAUUAAUCAACAGCCAGUUUGAACUCAUUUUGACCCAGUAUCGAGCGCUUCAGGAUGAACUAGCAAGUGUCAACGAAAAGUACAGAGACGUCAAUGUCGGCGUUGUAGAACGUCAGAAAAUGUUGAAUCAGUACACGGACAGUUUAGAAGCUGUCAAACAAGAAAUGGACGAAAGAGGAGCAACCAUGUCAGACGGAUCUCCCUUGGUCCAUAUAAAAAAAGCAAUAAAAGACAUAAAAAAGGAAAUUUCCGAUAUGGACAUAAAUAUAGCAGUGGCAGAGCACAUUAUUGUAGAAUCAAAGUUGAGAGAUAAAUCUAUGGAAUCUCACCUCAUUCGAAGUUCUGGAUUAAACUAAAAAAAAACUAAUUUAACAAAUAUUUUGUA